GUGACAGUUUGUCAUUUACAGGCUAGCUGUUACCAUACGCGAUGAAAACACAAAAGAACCUGAAAACGUAACGUUAACAUAAAUUCGUAUGCUUUGAUAAUAAACGACGUGAUUAAAGAAUCGAUACACUCAAUCGUAAGGUUAACAUCGCGGUAACUGAGCUCGUAUCCUGUGAACACUGCUAGCUCGCUUGCUAUUCAGCCAUCUGGUAAGAUUGUCGCUCGCUAACGUUAGCAGUUCGUUGCCGUUAGCAAGUUGGUUACUGCCUGGUGAUGGCUGUGGCACAUCGAGGUUGUGUCGUGGCUGGAUAUUUACUCCUACUACUGCUGGCUGGGUGCAACGCAAGGAUACACAAGCUCACCCUAAAGAAUGAAACUCGAUUUGCCGUUGAUCUCAACAACUUUGGUUUCUAUGCGAAUGGGACUCUGGAUGUCAACCUGCUUUCUCUGCGCAUCCCAGAAUCGACGAUGGUGAACUACAGCAUAUACCCUGUUGGUUUCAGCCUCUCCAGGUCACGUGUGAAUGGCGUCUUGUCCUACACGGCAGAGGAGACGGAGAAGUGCCCACUCACGCUCCAAAAGUGGACCAACACCGAGCCUCUCAUUCUUUUUCUUAUUGAUAUCAGCACGCUCAGUGUCAAUGUGACCGCUAUGGGUGACCAAGACAACAUCUUGUUCGCGAAGCCAAAGGCUGAACUGACUAAAGGUCAGAGGAAAACCAGGGAUGUUUCUAAUCCUGCUGUUAAACCAGAAGGGAACAAUGUGGACAAAAAUGCAGACAAAUCAAACGAUAAGGUGAAUGACAACAAGAACGAGUCUGGGAAUCAGAACAAAGAAGAUCAGACAGAAGGAUCACCUGUACCUGCAGUAGAAGAUAACAAAGUGAUGGGAAACGAAUUCCAGCUGGGGAAGACCAACAAACUGAUUUUAGCUUUGGACAAAGUUAACGGCUCCUAUAACUUUAGUUUCCACAUGGUGGUCGGCUUGCUGGCAGAGGGUCUUUACAGCCUCAAGUUCCACUACUGUAAGAACAGGUUGCCUGGAUUGAAACUGCCCUACUCGUUCACUGUGGAAGUGACAGAGAGGAAUCCAGGCGGCUACCUGUCUGCAGCAGAAAUUCCUCUGUCUCGCCUCUACAUUGGUAUGGCUGGAGUCUUCUUCAGUGCUGCCAUGGUCUGGGUGUACACACUCAUGAAGCACAGGUACAGCGUGUUUAAGAUCCACUGGCUGAUGGCGGCACUGGCCUUCACCAAGUCCACAUCAUUGGUUUUCCACAGUAUCAACUAUCACUUCAUCAACACUGAGGGGCAUCCUAUUGAAGGCUGGGCUGUCAUGUAUUAUAUCACACACCUGCUCAAGGGGGCCCUCCUCUUCAUCACACUGGCACUGAUCGGUACCGGCUGGGCUUUCGUUAAAUACAUCCUGUCUGACAAGGAAAAGAAGAUCUUCAUGAUCGUCAUUCCUUUGCAGGUCCUGGCUAAUGUCGCCUACAUCAUCAUCGAGUCCACAGAGGAAGGCUCCAGUGAAUACUAUCUGUGGAAGGAGAUCCUCUUUCUGGUCGACCUCAUCUGCUGUGGAGCCAUCCUUUUCCCUGUUGUCUGGUCUAUCCGUCAUCUACAGGAGGCUUCUAGCACCGAUGGCAAAGCUGCCAUGAACUUGGAGAAGCUCAAGCUCUUCCGACAUUAUUAUGUGAUGAUCGUGUGUUACAUCUACUUUACGAGGAUCAUAGCCAUUCUACUGAAGGUCACUAUGCCUUUCCAGUGGCAGUGGUGCUAUGAGUUUCUGGUGGAGGUGUCGACUCUGAUCUUUUUCGUGCUGACUGGCUACAAGUUCAGACCAGCGUCCAAUAACCCCUACCUCCAGCUUCCCCAGGAUGAGGAGGAUGUAGAGAUGGAUGAAGUAGUGACUGAGUCAGGUGCACUGGAGGGUAUUUCCAAAGUCAAGAAGACGUGCAACGGACGUGAUCGCCAGAAAGAGUCUACCUUGUGAGUGGGAAGCUGCAUCUUUGGGGGGGACCCACUAAACAUCCCCGGGCCAGCUGGUACAAAGGGGUGCACACGGACCAAGGCUCCCCACCCCCAGUGACAGCUUUCCUUUAUGAAACUCUUUCAGUGGUUGCAGUGUUUGUGCCCACUGUCUGGCUAUGCAAAAAAAAAGAAAAAUAAGACUAACUUUGAUGGACGCCCUCCAUUUCCUUGGAGCACCUCCACCCACAAACUCUGAAAGGUAUCAGAAGGAGACGGGCUCCUGCCACAUGGAUGGGGGAUGGGUGGAGAUAUGGAAAGGAGGUCUGAUGUUCUUUAGUUUUCAUUUCUUUCUCUCUCUCUCUCUCUCUCUCUCUCUCUCUCUCUCUCUCUGUCUCUCUCUUUCUCUUUCUCUUUCUGUCUCUCUGUCCAAAGAUAAUUAUCAUUUUAGAGAAAGACUUGCUUUCUGUUUUGUUUAUAUCGGCUAUUUAAAACGGUACUUCUGCUUCUUAGUUGUACCUUUUCGUGUGUGAUGUGAGUGCGUGUGUGUGUAUGAAUGUAAAACAACACAAAAUUUAAACACAAUGUUAUUUUUCUUCCCUUUGGAGUCGAUGGCCCGUACUCAGGUAAAAGGCGAAUCAGUAUAUAUUUCAGAUUUAGGCAACAAUCUUAUUCUCCCUCCCACUAUUCAGGGGUCAGUAAUGUCCAAACGGUCGUUAUACAACUUCCAUCACAACACAGUUAAUAUUAUUUUUUUCUCCCAUAUUUCAUUUAUAUAUUGAAAUAUAUGGAUGGAAGAGGUUGUAUAUUUCAAUAUAUUCACUUAUUACAUAUUGAAAUGUUUAAUUUCAGUAUUAUUGUUUGUGUUGGAGAGGUGAGAGCUCCUCCCAGUCCGUCACAUGGACCGCUGCUGUAAUUUAGUGCUUAAGUGGUUGAGGUCAACUUCACAUCUCUGUGGAUUGGUGGCGUGUUGACCUCUUAUUGAAUAAAGAAGUUUCUGGAUCCAGAGCAGUGGCCCUGCUUGUGUUUGAUGACGGCCUUGUUUUUUGUUUUUUUUUUUGUUUUUUGGCCUUGCUGUGUCAGUCUGGGCAGAGGAGUGACCUAACUGAUCAUUUUUGAAUUUGUCUGCUUUUGGUUUUACCUUCUUGCUCUUGAUAUGAAGCUUCUUUUAUUAAUUAUUGAUGACUUAUCAGUAAAAGAUCAGAAACGUGUUCAGCCGCGCAGGGUAGAUGGCCAUUUGUAAAUAGUUUGCAGAGGAUGACUGUUGAUACAAGAGGAGGCACAUAACACUUUCAUAAGAGCUGCAUAGAGGCUUUGUAGACAGUGCUUCAGAGAGUAAUGACACAGGUUCAGUUUCAAUGAGAUUUAUUGAUUCCUUUAAUAGACUGACAGAAAGAAUAAAUGUGAGGAAUCAAGGAAAGACUACUGAGAACCACAGACACUCCUGGACAGGGAUGACGCAGUGUUUACAGACUGUUCAUGUGUGUCUGUAAACCAGUUGAACAGAAGAGGUUUUGUGCUUGUUGCAAAGCUGUUUGAUGUCUGUGUGAAUUGUCACAAUAAAGGUGGUGUUCUGGAAAGGUCUCAAAUGAAGCUGUUAUGUGUGUAUGUCGUCAGGCAAGUCCAAAGCCAGAAUCCUACACAUCCCAUAAUGCAGCUCGAUGUCAUCUUUUUGCUUGACCCUCCCUCCCUGCAACCUCUUUCAAACUCACACUCCACCCUUUGUAACACAGACCGCCUGUUUCAAAAAUAGCACCAAAAAAUCCAAUACCAGUUAUUUUCUCAGACUUGACGGAGCUCCUUCAGGGCCACAUUAUGGAUCUGUCUCACAGGCGGAGAGGAGUCUGAUGAGUCAGCUGAUUUUGAUGAGUAAAAUCAGUUUAAACCUCCCCUUCCCUGGGGUCCCGGUCCCAGAGUUCCAUGAACAUGCUGAAAUGGUUUGUUUUUAUGAUUAAUCUAUCAAAAUCUAUUAAAACAGCACAGUAAAUAUGAAGUUUUCAUCAGACUUUUCAAAUCAUUCUGCACAACAUGUUUUCUUCUACAUGAACAGCAGUUAUUAUUUCACAUGAGCAUUUCUGUUUUUGUGUUUUUCUCACUGGUUUGAAAAGGGAUGCCUGGUAUUGUAUGUUCCACUCUGACUUCAUGACAUCGAUUGCUGCUUAUUCAGUUCUCAACUUAAGUAAAGGCGUUCAAGCUUCCUGACUAUUUUCUUUCUCGCUUUUCUAAUUGAAUAUCUUCCAGUUUGUCAUUGUUGCUUGGAUGAAAUAACAUUUGCAGGCAUCACUUUGCACUAUGGGAGGGUGCAAUGGCCAUUUUUCCUUUUGGAUAUUUUAUAAACCAUUUUAUUAAGAAGAUACUAAUAAAAAAUAAUCAUUUCAGCCCUA